AUGAGGGUCGAGGGUGAAGGCGGUUCGCAGGAUGGCGCGGUGGCUGUGGGGUUGCCGAGGAAUCACCUGCCAAUACCUUUGAUAGAAGUAAGAGCGAACAUAAUGUUCUGCUUCCCAUCGACGUUCAUGUUUAGCACACGCAGAAUGUGCUGGAACUCCUUGAUUGCCACCAGAGACUGCACAAAAACUACGCAGAAAGAUGGGAACGAUACCAUUUUCUUUGCAGAAAAGGAGGAGAUCGCCGCCGAAGCUCUUGCCCUUGGGCGAUUAGGGAUUUGUAUUCUAGGGUUUCCGCGUUCUGUACUAUGUUGUGGUUACUCUCAUCCACUCUGCUUUAUUCAUUAG